AUGGUGCCUCAACCUUAUCCUGUUUCCUUUAUCCGCUCUGCUUUUUCAGAACCCUUCCCAUCUCUGUUUCUGUCUGCGUUCAAGAUCAGAUUUUUCUUGCUUGCUCUCGUUUCUAAUCGGCAAAGAUGGAUGUAAUUGCUCGCAGAUCUUCACUGAAUCCCAAUGCUCCAUUGUUCGUUCCUCUGGCGUAUCGUGCAGUGGAGGACUUCUCUGACCAGUGGUGGACCCUCGUCCACUCCUCACCUUGGUUCCGUGACUACUGGCUCCGAGAAUGCUUCCAAGACCCCCAAUGUGACUCUCUUAUCAACGAUGUUUGCGACUUCGACUCUCUCUUCUUUGACUCCGGCGUCGAGGAUACUGGUAUUCUGAAACCAGAGGAGGAGGAGGAGCAUAGCAAGGAUUUGGUUUCAAUGGGACUGAUGAAAUGGCAAAAGGGUCGAGCUCAGCUGGCACAAGCACCGAGGCAUGUGGAGAAGGCACCCAAGAUUGUGAAUGUGAAAGUGAGUCCAAGGAUGAUUCAGCAGCCGCGGUAGAGCAAAUCAACGAGUUUGAGGUUAAUCAACCGAGUUGGGUUUCUUCGUAGCUGUACUGUACAUAAGAUCUUGACUUCCAUUUGCUUGUUUAGUUUCUGGGUUUCAUGCUCUGUGUAUCAUCUUGUAAGCUAUUAACUUGUACUUUAUUUCAUAAUAAAAGAAAAUUAACCUCACUCAAAAAAGAAAGCUUGAGCUUGAUUGAUGAUCAA